CGAAAAUUGGAGGGAAAAUCUGGAGAGAAAAUGACGAGAAGACGCCUCAGAUUGCGGUAUUCCUCUUCCUCUGAAGAAGAUGAAGCAGAUCAACGGCGACGACCUCAACCAGAACAACGACAACAGCCCCUUGAACUCGAUGAUCAUGAUGAAGAAAUAGAAGAAGACGAUAUUGAAGUUGAAUUACAAGAUUCUACUCUCAACUUCCGAACCAUAACCCUAAACCCUCCCAAUCCUAACCCUAAUCCUAAUACCAAUCCCUCCGCGCUUGUUCAGCUCGAAGUCUCCGACGAUGACGACGUUUUUAUCGACGUUCCCGAAAACCUAUCGCCGCCGUCUCCUAAUCCACCGCCACCCCCGCCUCCGGUUGCCGAAGAGGACCGGUCCUUCCAAGCUUCUUUCACCCCCAGAACCAGUAGUAGUAAUUCUUCCCAAGCCUCUGAUUGCCCGAUCAGUGUGUAUAUUGGGAGGCUCGGCUUGAGGUUGCGGAGGGAAUGGUUGGAUUCCUGUAUUCGGGGGUUGGAGAGCUUGGUUCCGGGAUUUGGGAGCUUGGAUGUGGCUGGUAAGGCAAAGCUCUGUUUCGGCCAGUUCUUGUGCUCUGAUAUGAACUUCUCUGGUGCUGGAAGUCUGCCCGAGAAUGUGCACAGCAUGCAUCUUAUUGACCUUGCUGGCCCUUUCGUUUUGCAGGUUGAUGAAAUUGUAAAUAUCAGUUGUCCCCUGAAAGGAAGGUACCAGAAUGCUUCAGCUGGACUUAAGAGAUGCCUCAAGUUGUCCAUGACUGACGGUGUUCAACGCGUGUUUGGCAUGGAAUACCGGCCUAUCAAGGAUCUUGAUGUUCUGGCCCCUGCAGGACUGAAGGUUGCCAUUUGCAAUGUAAAUAUAAGGCGUGGGCUUCUGAUGUUGGUUCCUGAAGUUUUUGAAGUUUUAGGAGGAGCGGUUGAGGAUUUGGAAGCAGCAAGGCAGAGGCUUGUCCAUGAAGUAAAUAAGCCACCAAGGGGAAAAAGAACCAGGACAGGAGUGGUUCCUCCCUUAGCAACCAGGGCUACUCUUGGUGCAUGGCCACCUGACAAUGUCAGCACUGCAGGGCAAGAUAGUAAUCCAUUACCACAAACUACAGCUCCUCGUCAGGCAGCUGAAGAAGAUAGGACAUCUGGUAUCUCUACCAGGGAAGGGGCAAGAGAGGAGUUCUCUAUUCCCGUUAACAGGGAAAAUGCUGAACCAAAUCCAUCACCUCCUGUUCCAGAUGUUGAUGAAAUUCAUAUGGUUAAUGUGGUGGACCACCCAUUCAUUCUGAGUGGAGACAGAGAAGUCCCCUUCACUUAUUUAGCUAGUCUGUCAGCUAAAUGGGCUGCAGUGAAGGACAAAGCUCCUAGUGUUCAGGGGAAAGUUAAGUGCUUUUUGACUGGUGUAAAGGGAUUCCAGUAUAAGAACAGGACCACGUUUGACCUUUGUGUCUAUGUUGAUGAUGGUAGCCUCAUCUCUGAGAUCCUUAUAGAUCACAAUGUUGUGCAAAGAGGAAUAGGUCAUUCUCCUGAGGAGGUCACUGCUGCCCUUGCUUCUUCAGACCCUAAUAGAGUUAGGGAUAUGAAGGGGACGUUGAAACAGUUCCAGAUUUUCUUAGCGAACUUCGAGGGUACGAUGCUUGUGAAGAUUAGUGAAGCCUCUCCUCUCCCAAUUGCUAUUGAAAUGAACCAGGGCUUCCCUUCAUCUGAUGCUUGGCUACUUUUGAGAAGAAUACAGUCAGCUAAUACUGCUCAACCGCAGCAUAUUGCUGAACCACAACAGGAUCCCCACCUCGAUCCCAUUCCCAUAGACCUAUCGCCUUGACUGAUAAGAUAUCCCCCUGCUGGGGCCAGCCCAAUCCAUCGACCUAUCCUUGUCUGAGUCAGCACAUGCCAUUUGGCGGGGCUACUGAGAAUGGACAUAAACAGGACGGUCAGAUAAUUAUAUUCAUGGCUGGCUAGUUGGACGCUGUUUGAGUUGGUUGAAGAUGCGCCAACACUAGUAGAAGAUGUUGAAACUUUGGACUGCCUGAAGGCAAUGAAGUUAUUGAGCCUCAGCUUCUGUUAAAAUUUGGAAUCCUCAAUUUUGUUCAAAUGAGGUGGAAAUAGUUUACUUGCCGUGGCUAAGAAGUGAAGGGGAGUGACUGAUUAAGGAGUUCACGCAAAUUUAAACCAAGAAACUUGGCCAUAGAAUAUUAGCAGGAGGAGCCAGUAAUAUCCUUCCCUUUGCUUUAUGUACUGAAUCACCAGAUCAUACAAAUGAAAAGAAAAGGGUAAUUCCCUUUCAGGAGUUAGGAUGGAAUCUGGGUACAAGUAUUUCUUAAGCCCGGAGAGAUCCAGGAUCCACUUCCUCUGCCGAGGUCCCACGUCCGGUGAUCAAAAGCCAGCGGCUGCACCACUCCAGCAGCUCAGAGCAAAACACCUCCCAAAGGACUGCCAUUCGGGCCCAAGGCGGCACCGUAAGGUAAUUCUCUCCCCGGCAUGCACUAUUAACAAUGGCCUUUGCACAUCUUUCUGCUUUCGCCACUGGCACUAUACUCACCUCAA